UCGAGGAGAGGGGAGGACCAACAGGCUACACAGGGUCCAGCUAAGGGGCCACGACUCCUCACUGAGACCCUAUCCAAGCUAGGUGUUCCCCGCAUCGUGGAACCUGGAUUUGUGCGGAGCGGGGUGAUUCCCGGGCAAGGAAGGUUCUUCCGGCAGGUCCACCAUACCUUCGUCUCGCAUCAGGACCCCCCUUGGAUGCUCUGAGCCACCCUUCUCAACCCGGAUCUAAAACCUGGGACACGGCUAUCAGGCCAGCCUCUCUCUCCCUCCACCCCUCCCCCUCUUUCUAGCGUCCAUCCCCUCCCCAACACCACCUCUGCUGCUGCCUCUGGCUGUGGACUUGCACCUCUUCUCCAUCUUCACCGGGCCGGGAGAGUGGGGUUAGCCUGGAUGAGAGUGUGCCCCUAACCUGGGGCCCUCCCAGGCCAUGGCUCGUGUGCUCCCAGGGAGGAGUCCAGGACCCUGAGCCUCUGCUAGAAGCUUGGCAGAGGCCCCGCUGGGACCGUGUCUUCUGAGGACAAAAGGCUGCGGCCAGCAGGCAGACUGGGUGGGGGGUGGGGGGGAACCGGCAGGCAGGCAGGCAGACCAGUAGCAGAGCUAGCUCUGGCCCCCUCCCAGACUGGUGGUGGCAUAAAGAUGGGGGUGGGAGUGUGUAGCGGGAGAAGCACCUACCAGGACCCCCAUCUGCCCACUACUUGGGCACCCCAAAUCUGUGUGCUGCCCACCUGGUGUUCCCCAACAUCUCCAGCUCUACCAAGUGCACCCCUCUGGCACCUGCUUCCCCUGCUGCCAGCGAUUUAGACCAACCAGGCUGUAUCCACGGCAACAGAAGCAGGAGUGUCACUGGCUGCCAGAUCACUGAGGGUCCCACAAUGUGGCCUGGACUGUGGUUUAUCCUGCUUGAGAUCGAGUGAGUUCCCUUCCUGAAUUCCAAGACGGUCCUGCUAAGAGAACCCAGCUUCCUCGCAGAGCAUGGUGGCACACAGCUUUAAUCCAGCACUUGGGAUGCAGAAGCAGCCUCCUGCACCUGUUCUUACUCGAGUUUCCUGGUGUGGCAAGCACCUAGGAUCCAGGCGGCUCUACUCAGGUUUCCACAUAUACCUGCAGGAAUUAGCUGAUUUGUGCACACGAGUAGAUACCUGCUGUUGGCUCUGUAUAUCAGUGUCUCCAUUUGCAGGUGUAGCUCAGCAAGACAACUGAUGGAGUCCCCCAGGGCCCAUCAAAUACCGGACUGGCCGACCCCCUAAGGUUGGGGUAGCCCUUGCCCCUCAGUAUGGCCAACACCACCGGAGAGCCUGAGGAGGUGAGCGGCGCACUGUCCCUGCCAUCAGCAUCGGCUUACGUGAAGCUGGUGCUGCUGGGACUGAUCAUGUGUGUAAGCCUGGCAGGCAAUGCCAUCUUGUCCCUGCUGGUGCUCAAGGAGCGUGCCUUGCACAAGGCUCCUUACUACUUUCUGCUGGACCUGUGCCUAGCUGAUGGCAUACGCUCUGCCAUCUGCUUUCCCUUUGUACUGGCUUCUGUGCGCCAUGGCUCCUCAUGGACCUUCAGUGCACUCAGUUGUAAGAUUGUGGCCUUCAUGGCUGUGCUCUUUUGCUUCCAUGCGGCCUUCAUGCUGUUCUGCAUCAGCGUCACCCGCUACAUGGCAAUCGCCCACCACCGCUUCUAUGCCAAGCGCAUGACACUCUGGACAUGCGCAGCUGUCAUCUGCAUGGCCUGGACCUUGUCUGUGGCCAUGGCUUUCCCACCUGUCUUUGAUGUGGGCACCUACAAGUUUAUCCGAGAGGAAGACCAGUGCAUCUUUGAGCAUCGCUACUUCAAAGCAAAUGACACACUGGGCUUUAUGCUUAUGUUGGCUGUGCUCAUGGCAGCCACACAUGCUGUCUAUGGCAAGCUGCUACUCUUCGAGUAUCGUCACCGCAAGAUGAAGCCAGUGCAGAUGGUGCCAGCCAUCAGCCAAAACUGGACAUUCCAUGGCCCUGGGGCUACCGGCCAAGCUGCUGCCAACUGGAUCGCUGGCUUUGGCCGUGGGCCCAUGCCACCAACUCUGCUGGGUAUCCGGCAGAAUGGGCAUGCAGCUAGCCGGCGGCUACUGGGCAUGGACGAGGUCAAGGGUGAAAAGCAGUUGGGCCGAAUGUUCUACGCGAUUACACUGCUCUUCCUGCUCCUCUGGUCGCCAUACAUCGUGGCCUGCUACUGGCGAGUGUUUGUGAAAGCCUGCGCUGUGCCCCACCGCUACCUGGCCACUGCUGUUUGGAUGAGCUUCGCCCAGGCUGCCGUCAACCCAAUCGUCUGCUUCCUGCUUAACAAGGACCUCAAGAAGUGCCUGAGGACUCAUGCCCCUUGCUGGGGCACAGGAGGUGCCCCAGCUCCCAGGGAACCCUACUGUGUCAUGUGAAGCAAGCCAGUAGGUGAUAGGCAGGGGGGAAGUUGUGAUCACCAUACUGGGGCCAACAGCAGGGGAAGAGUGGGACCCACACAGAAGCCUUCUUUUUUAAGCUUCAGCCCAGGCUCUCAAACCAUUCAUAACUGAGGCAUUUUGCAAACACCUCCCUAGGGGUGGAAACUGGGUGAGGAAUUGGGAAAGAGGCAUUUCUAGUUUUGUGGGGCUUGUCCCGCAGCCUCCUCCACUUCUACAAUCUCUUUCCCAUGCCCUCCCUGCCUCCUUAUCCCUCUCCCUUCUCCUCUUUCUAAAGUGACGAUUCAGUAAAAAAAAAAAAAAAACAAAAAAAACAAACAAACUGAAAAUGCAGGGUUUUUAAUAAUAACAGCUGAGGAAACAAGCUUUCUUGCUUAAAAGUUACCCCCCCCCUUUUGACACUGUCAAGAAAUGGAAGUUUUCUCCUGUAAAAUAGAUUUCCAGAGAUCUUAUUGCCCCCACCCCGGGUUCCCAUUCACCCUCCCCUUCUGAGUCCCUUAGCAAGACUUGGAUGUUUAGGAAAUACUGACUUAAGGCUUCACACAAGAGGGACCAAAUGGGGUGCUGCCCUCCUGGGGAGCAAGGACGUUUAAAUUGCUACGUUGUGUGCAAUGUUGUUUUUGGCUUAACCUUGAUCCCAAGCCUGGUCUCCCUAUCCCUCCCUAUCGUGUCCAGACUUUGCUAGUGUUUCUGGAGGCUCUGUUUGAGAAGCCAAGAGCGUACAAAGAAGGGCCUCCAUGAUGUGCCCAGGCUAGAUGAAGAGUCGAAUGGUAGAUGAGCUCCUCAACCAAAAUCCAAAUUUAGCUACACUCUCGAGCUUUCUCUUGGAUCCCCACCCUUUCUUCCUAGGACUAUGCAUCUGCUUGUCCCCACCAGAGAUGAUGUGGAUACAUGUGGCGGGGAAGUCAUUCAUGGAAGUAGAGGGAGAUAGUUGAACUCCCCAGAGUGGCUGGACUCCAGAGCCUCGGGUCAGAGCUAAAUUCAACCCCACAAUUGUUUCUUGGGCUCACACUAUUCUUCUGGAAACAAAACUUCUUUGGGAGCCUUGGUAACCAAUAGUGAUACAAACUUCAAGGCACCCGGGAAUUGGGUCCAAUCCUGCCUGACCUCUUUUUGUCCCUUCCAGGUCUCCCAGGCCUUGAGCGCCUUCCUUAGCUGCCCUUCCAUGCCACAAACAUCCUUCCCUGCAGUUUUUCCUCCCUUCACCCUUACCUAUACCCAAAGUGGAGCAAACUAUACCCGAUUCCACAGGUGGAAGGUCCCAAGCCUCUUUUCCACAGACAGAGACCAUCCUGGGCUUACUGACUUCAAGGCCAGUUCCGUAGACUGGUGAGCCAAGCUGGAACUCUGUGCCUAAGUUUGGGGCUGUGAUCUCCUCAUCCCCUUUCUUUCCUUAGAAACUCCUAUCCUAAACUCCAACCCUACCCCCAAGAUAGCCCGUGAACUGAGGAAGCUUUGACUCAAAAGCAAUGAAGGAGGUGCUCUAGACAGAAAAGAUAUUGGUGACCCUGGCUGUGGAGAGGCCCUGGAAAAGCAGGCCAGAGUAGCUGAGAGGCUGGAAAUGUGUUGUGGGUGGGGCUGUACUCUCAGUGAUGAUGACAGGAAUGCCUUUCUGAGGGCAGGGGUGGAAAGAGCAAGGUGGGAGGGCACAUAGGGUAAAUUCAGGAGGCUUUUCCUCCAUUUCCUUUUUCUAACUGCCUGGCUUCUUCAUCAUUGGAUUUUGUAAAUGGAAAAACUGAAAUGAACAAUGUUAUAUUGGAUGUUUUUUCUUUCUCUCUCUCUCCCUCUUUCCCUCCCUCCCUCCCUCCCUCCCUCCCCCUUCUCUCUCUCUCUCUGUCUCUCUGUCUCUCUCUCUCUCUCUCUCUCGUGUGUAUAUGUCUGUGUCUGUGUAUCCUAUCUGUGUAUGAUCACGUGUGGGGAGGUAUGAUUAAGUGAGACAGUGUGUGUCUGUGUGACUUUGUGUGAAUAGGAAACCCCGAGGAAAACUUGCCUGCUACACAUAUAUAAGCAAAUACCUAUAUGUGAGGAAAUAGAGUACACACACGUGUACACACAUACACACAGAGAGACACAGGAAGAGAGGAGACACAGGAAGGAGAGGAGACAAAACUUAGUAUGUGCCUGCAGCAGGAAAUAGAGUGCUUAGGAGAUGAACCUGAAAAAUAUUAUGUAUGUAUGUGUCAAGAGGGUCAACUCCCACCUCAUAAGAUUGUCUUCCCUUGGCCUAGCUUCUGAGCACCAGGUGAGGAGAGAAUAGUUUAGAACCUCAUCUCUUCCGAAUGUCUGGAGAUUCAGCCCCCACCCCAAAAUUCAAAUAAGGUAUUUCUGAAAUUGGACCACCAUGGAAAUAGGAACUGGGAAUGGGGGUGUCAAACAUGGAGGUAAUGAGGUUAAGAGAUGGUCCCCUGCAAUGUAAUGGCUUUUAGAGGAACCGCUCCAUCUGAACUAGGAGUUCUUCUUAAGGUUCCACUGUAUCCAGCUGGGACUUUGUUCAGCUUUGACUAAAUUUAGAAGGAAGGAUGACAUGGAGAAAAAGCCCAAGUCUGGGGGUCUACCCAGCUGGCCUACUCCCUAGGCGCUCAAUUAAUUUACUAUUUAUUUAUUUAUUUAUUCCUUCAGUUGCACAGAAUUGAGCUGACCAUAUUCCUCAAUUCUCGGAGCACUAUAUCAUCAUUGGUCCAUGCAAGGUCCUUUUAUUAUUUUGUUUGUCCCCUUCAUCACCCAUCCCCGAUCCCAUCUUUCCCCACCCCACACAGGCACCACUCUUCUGUACUUAAUGUGUGUCCUUCCAAACCACCGUUCAUGCGUUUAUUUACUUACGUGUAUCUGUGGAAAAUAUAUGGUAUCGAUGUUUUAAUUUAC